AUGGAUCGACAUAUAUUUGUGGUUUUGGCACUUUUUUUAAAUUACUUUCCUGCGGAUUCAGUUGCCGACUUCACUGAUCAACAUGUGCUAAAAAGACAUAAGCGAUAUGUGGCGUUUCCUGAAGGCUCCACUUUUAUAGUUACUUUGUGUAUAUCAUUGAAUGUUUUGGAUCGCACAGAAAACAUAUUUCUGCAAGGUGUCAACUGGGGUAUUUCCUAUGAUCUGCCAAAUGCUACCACUGUAAUAGAAGUGUUUAAAAAGAAUAAAUAUGCCCACAAAAGAAUGCAAAAGCGAGAUCUCUACAACAGAAUGGAAACUUUAACGGAUAAAAUGGGAUUUGGAGGAAAAGAUUGCAUUUACAGAGCAUUGUGCGAAACACCUAGAAAGCUCCAUAAAGAACGGACUUCUUUGGCGCAAGACAUCUUAAGACAGUUUUUCGAAUACCCGUUAGAGAGAUUAUCAUAUUUGGAACCAGACGAGCACAGAAAAUACCAUUGGGCAUCCAGAUAUAGUACAGAAAACAGCCAUCUGAACUGUUGGGACUUGUUUCCAGAUUGCACUAUUUCAAUCAUAGAUAUCGCCCUUGGGAACUAUUCAGGGCCGUAAAUAUUAUUAAAAAUUCAAAAAUUUUUGCUGUGAUUAUUUUUUAAUAAAGGCUAUAAACCGAAAAAAAA